GUUGCCAUACUGCACUUAAAUAAACACUCAAUAUUGUAGAUAAGUAGUGUAAUAACAUUAAUUGUCUUGAUCGUUUUACUUACUUAUUUAUUAUCUAUCUAAUUUGCAUUAGCGCUUACAGUAAAAAGAGACUGGCUUACAUAUAGAAUAAAGCAGUGCAAUGUCUAAUUUUGACAGUUUUUUACGUUGUUGAUGUACACAAACUUGAUUUUAUAAUUUUUAUUUCUAAAGUGAUAUAAACGCAAAAAUUUUAAAAUGUCUGUUUUCGAUUUUUUGAACCCUUUGGCAAAAUUGUCACCGCGUUUUACAGAAGAGAAGCUUGAGGAAAUAGUGCAAUGGUUUGAUGAAAACGCAAAACCUUUGUUAAUAAUUGACGAAGGAGAACCCACUAAUGUAAUAACGAUCGAACAAUUUAUGAGCUUUUUGGAAUUAAAGAAAUUCCAUAGAAGAAAUUUUAGAUACCCUAGCUAUUUGGAAAUUAUGAACGAAGCAGAAAAAUUAAAAGCAGGUGUUACAAGAAUGUUAACAAGAGACCAGUUUAUAUAUAUAUUAAAUACAUGGGUCAUAGAAGCUGAAAUUAAACAUGAACUUUUACUUGCCUUUGAAGUUUUUGACACAGAAGAAAGACACUAUUUAGAAGUUGAAGAAAUUAAAGAACUAGUGAUGGGAUAUGGCGACCCUUUUACAGAAGCUGAAGCUCGUGAAAUUUUGCGCGAUGCUAAUGUUCGAGGUGAUGGAAUAGUAUACUACAAGGACUUUAUCGAAAGCAUAUUUAGUCUUGCUCCUGAAUUAUACAACAUCAAGGUAGAUUAUUUGUAUCAAAAUCCUGAUGAAGAUCCUUCGGUGCCCCCUGAGCCCGUUGUUGAGCCACCUCCUCCUCCUCCACCGCCGCCACCACCACCUCCGCCACCGCCUCCUCCACCACCACCACCAGCCAAAGGGGGUAAAAAGAAAAAGUGA